AUGGCUAACAAAUACAAUCCUCGGGAUCCUGGUGUUGUCGACUACAACAUUCAAUCCAUCAGACAUGGCGGAGGUGGCCAUCGUGCGUCUCGUUGCAAGCAAGGGAUCGUCGAUUGGGUCCCUCCUUAUCCAUUUGGACAGGGCACAGAAAUAAUUCCCCUCCCGUUUAGGGAGGCAAGGUGGCUACGCGGAUAUCAUUCGAAAGGCUGGGAUCAAGAAUAUAUUGGAGAAGAAACGGCAAAAACUGCAGCAGAAAACGAGGCAGGAAGUGCUGACAACGGCAAGGAACCAGCCAAAUGA